AUGACUUUGCUAGCGUCUCUCUGGCUGGGAGCGAUAUUCCUAGCAACCCUCGGAUGUGCCUCGGCAGUCGCCAACUGGACCCUUCAGUCUUGGGACGUGAUUGUUGUUGGGGCCGGCACCGCGGGCAUCAUUGUUGCAGACAGACUCAGCGAGGCGGGCUACAAAACCCUUCUGCUCCAACAGGGAAGCCAAUCGUACGGAAUCACAGGCGGCAGAGAGCGGCCCGGCUGGUUGGACAACACCACCCUGAGCAGAGUCGACGUUCCGGGACUGUACUCGUCCAUAUUCGCCGGCGGCUCGAGUUUGUUGUGCGGGCCUGGCCAGGUAGAUGCUUUCCAGGCAUGUACCGUCGGCGGCAACAGCGCCAUCAAUGCCGGCCUGUAUUUCCAGCCUCCGGCGUCGGAUUGGGACGACUUCCAUCCCAGGGGUUGGCAUAGCGCCGACGUGGCCAAUGCGACUGCGAGGCUCCUGAAGCGCCAGCCCGCCCUGACGAGCUACUCGCAGGACCGCAAGUAUUACCUCCAAAGCGGCUACGAAGCCGUCAAGAAAUGGAUAGUCGAGGACGCUGGCUACCAAGACGUCUCGUUGCUCGAGCAGGUCAACGACAAGAAGCGCGUCUUCGGCCGGCCCGUCUACAACUACAUUGAUGGGCAGCGAGGCGGGCCUACCCGGACCUAUUUGCAGACGGCACUGCGCCGAAAUCACUUUCAUCUACAGACGGGCGUCCAAGUCGAGCACAUCAACCACGUCAGGGGCGUGGCGUCGUCGGUCGAGGUUGCGCUCGACAGCGGCGAGAAAAAGGCCAUCCAGCUCACAAAGAGGGGUCGAGUGGUGCUGAGCGCCGGUGCGAUGCUGUCGCCGAGGAUUCUCAUGUUGUCCGGCAUCGGGCCGCAGGAUGCUCUCGAGAAACUGGCCGCAAAAUCCGCCACUCCCUACAAUGCGUCCUCGUGGAUGGUCCAGCCCGACGUGGGAAGAGGCCUCUUUGACAACCCCAACACCUUUAUUGUGCUCUCCAGCCCAGACGUCAAGUCGUACGUCUACAAGUACGACGACCCGGUCCCCGCGGAUCGAGACCUGUAUCUCGAGUCACGGAGCGGGCCCUACAGCUUUGCGUCGCAAACCUCUGUCUUCUGGACCUACAUCGAGCACAACGGGACGCGAUCCGGGGUCCAGGGCACGGUCAGCUCUUCGGGUUACCGAGACUUUGUGGGAAACAACACCAUCACCCUCAACAUUUACGGAACGUCCGGGCUCCUUUCUUCCGGCCGCGUCGAGCUCGCCGACGAUGGAAAUUUCGCCGCCAAGCCGAGCGCCGGGGUGUACUACGGGCACCCGCGCGAUGCCGAUACCGUCGCCGAGUUUAUUCACUCGCUGUUCCAGCAUCUCCCGCCGUCGACGCCGACCUCUCCGGCCAAAGAGGGCCUCACCCCUCUCAACCUGGCGCGGAAUUCAACUCUGCAGGAGAUCCGGAGGUACAUUACGGACCCGAAUAGUCCCUACGCAGUGGGGUCCGUUCAGCACUGGUCGAGUUCCUGCCGCAUCGGCAAGUGUGUGGACGUCGACACCAAGGUCAUUGGCACGCAAAACAUCCAUGUCGUGGACGCUUCCAUCCUCGCACCCCUGACUGUGAACCCGCAGUUUGGCGUCAUGGUGGCUGCUGAGAAGGGCUCCGAGAGGAUAAUAGCCUCGAUGAAAAACGUGACGGAGGGAUGCCGCGGACGAAGACGGGUAUAA